AUGACUGCCGGAGGAUCGACGGUCUUUAUCCCGGCUACCGAAGUCAAUCCAGCACUGUCCACCUGGAGAUCACGGGCGGAAAACAGCAUUGAAGACUUUGGCGAGUUUCCCUUGUGUCCUGAGGUGCUCGCUUCUUCCUUGAGAAAGCCACCCUUUCCCUUUCUCCAGCUCCCGAGAGAGCUUAGGGACAAGGUGUACAAAGAAGUCGUCACUGUCAGCCAGAAUUUUAACGACCUUGGCUCGGAUUACCCUAGUGAAAAGACCUUUCCCGGACUGAAUAUCCUCAGCGUCAGCCGAACAGUCCGCAAAGAGGCUUGGGAAAUGCUUGCAAAUGGAAAUAUCUGGAUCCAAGUACGACUUUGUGGACCGCCUAGCCUCUUUCAAAGUAUAUUGAGAGAGGUAGUCCGUCGCGAUGAAAAUGGAAAAAGGUACCCUUCACAGGUAUUCACGACAUAUGGUUACUCCCGGGACAGUGUUCGUCGACUCAAAGAAUCUUCAGUCAUCACCGUGUGUCUGGGUGACAGUUCUGGCAUAAAGGCCAAAGACAAGCUUCUCGAGCACGACUUUAGAGGCUUAUCGUUAUUGAUUCCAUACCAGUCGUCUCAGUGGCCUCACCUCAUCGACGCCAUAGGUGAAUCAGCGAGCUCAAAUAGUAUCCAUAUCACCUGCAGAAACAACGUGCUUCAGGAUACUAGCAUUUCUGGCCGUGCAUUCGAGAGAAUUAUCAAAGGCUUGUUCACGAUCCGCAACGCCGCACAAGCUUCCUCGUCUGGCUGCAGCAAUGCACUAGAUGCUCUCGUUUCCAAGAUGCAAUCGCCUCUUCGUUGCGAUGUCGAUUACCUCGAGUUUGGUCUCGAGUUUCAGAAGAUGGGAGAGUAUCAUCUCGGCGAGUCUGACCACAGCGAGGCCAUGUACUACUUUGACACCGGUGCAUGCAUAUUGGAGCAUGGCCUAGGGAGUGGUCUUGCGACAGUCGGCUCCCUUCCACCCCAUCAGCAAACCGCCACGAUGAGGGCCAUCAUAAUGCAUUUGGUGUCCUCAUUUUCGCACGCUGUCAACUUGAUGAUAAGUAGGCGGUUUGAAUCCUCAAAGAGGGGCAUGCUCCCAGAGGCAUACAUGCUCUCAUUGUUGGGCAAGUCUUUGGAAUACGCUUGCGCUUCUCUAUGGUUGGGAGCAAGCGAUUGCGAGCGGCGCCAGAGCCACUGGGAGGCUGGCACCGCUUUUGCGCUCAUGUCAUGCAUUAGUAAUGAGGCUCUCAUCGAAAGAUACGGCUUUCAGAAACAACAGUGUCUUGAAGCUGCGGCCAGGCACCUCUGGUAUGCCCUGUACAUCGACCAUUCUAACGACAGUACACUCCCUCCAAACCCGAUGUAUCUGAUGAUAUGUCACCAGAUUGGAAGAGACCCCGAGGAGCCUUGGCCACUGGCAACCAUCGAAAUCCCCGCCUUGGGAACUUGGACUAGCGAUCCACAGCUUCUAUCCGUAUGGGGCGCUCAAACCGUCAUGAUGAGGUUUUACCGCCAAAGGGCAUGGCCCCAUAUGGGGGAAACCAUGAAUGCAAACGAAUUGAGGCAAUUGUACUCUAACCAUGGAAUAAGUUGGACGAUGACUGGUGAUGAUCGGGUUCAGCUUUCCGGCCCCGGCAUGGAAUCAUGGGCCUCGGCUUUGGCGCGGCUAUUUUCACAGCCGCAGGGAGUUUUCGCUCGGUACUGGUAG